CAAUACUUACCAGACAUGUCCAUCCUUGCUCAUCUCAACAGCUACACAAUAGAGUCACCCCGAUGGCUUGCAACACGCGGAAACUACCGCGAGGCAAUGGUGCAGUUCCGCAAAAUUGCAACCAUCAACGGCAUCCGGGAGCUGGCGUUCGAUGAGCGUGUGCUGGAAAAGCGUCUAGCCAACCAUCGAACCGACAAGGUGUACGGACUCGCCUCCCUGUUCAACGGCUGGCGGAUGGCGAAAAACACGAUGCUAGUUAUCCUGUGCUGGACGGUGUGCAGUGUGACGUACUUUACGCUGGUGCUGCUGAGCUCACGCAUGGAUGGCAACCCGUUCCUUAACUUCAUGUACCAGGGGCUGAUCGAGGUGCCGGCAGCCUUUGCGGGACAGCGUGCGGCCGACCGCUUUGGACGGCGAGCAACGAACGCGAUGGCUCUGUGCUGUGCCACCGCGGUCUGUCUCGUACUGGUGCUGAUUGUGCGCGAUCCGGCCAACGAAAUGGCAGCCACGGUACUCACCACGUUCGUCAAGUUUUGCAUCAGCAUCACAUUCUUCGGCGUUAACCUGCAGUCGAUCGAGAUCUAUCCGACCUGUCUGCGGCAAACGGGCAUGGCGGUCGGUACGAUCGCGGCCACCAUCUUUGGCAUCGUUGGCCCGUACGUGGUUCACCUCGGCACCGAGUACGACGUGCGCUACCCGUUCCUGGUGAUGGGACUUUCGUCCGCCGUCGGCAUACUGGCGGCCCUCUUCCUGCCGGAAACGCUGCACCAAUCGCUACCGAACACGAUCGAGGAGGCGCAAAAGUUUGGCAAAAAUCAACGCUUCUGGUCGCUACCGAAAGCACCGCAGGUUACUCGGGAGGCGGAUAGUAACACCGACAAGCGGCACGACGGUUCCGAUGCAAAGCCGGAGGAAUCGAUUCGGCUGACAGUACCCGUCGAAGGGGGGGAGGCUGUUGGAAGAAAAUAAAAACACGCGCACCCGGAGUUUGUUCCACUUUCAGCGAGCUAAAUCAAUCAGAA